AUGGACAAAACAAACACAGAGCCAGGAACACAGACACAGAGCCAGGAACACAGACACAGAGCCAGGAACACAGACACAGAGCCAGGAACACAGACACAGAGCCAGAGCCAGGAACACAGACACAGAGCCAGAGCCAGGAACACAGAAACAGAGCCAGAGCCAGGAACACAGACACAGAGCCAGGAACACAUACACAGAGCCAGUAACACAGACACAGAGCCAGGAAUACAGACACAGAACCAGGAACACAGACACAGAGCCAGGAACACAGACACAGAGCCAGGAACACAGACACAGAGCCAGGAACACAAACACAGAGCCAGGAACACAGACACAGAGCCAGAGCCAGGAACACAGACACAGAGCCAGGAACACAGACACAGAGCCAGGAACACAGACACAGAGCCAGGAACACAGACACAGAGCCAGGAACACACAGAGCCAGAGCCAGGAACACAGACACAGAGCCAGAGCCAGGAACACAGACACAGAGCCAGGAACACAGACACAGAGCCAGCCAGAGCACAGACACAGAACCAGGAACACAGACACAGACACCAGGGAAUACAGACACAGAACCAGGAACACAGACACAGAGCCAGGAACACAGACACAGAGCCAGGAACACAGACACAGAGCCAGGAACACAGACACAGAGCCAGGAACACAGACACAGAGCCAGAGCCAGGAACACAGACACAGAGCCAGGAACACAGACACAGAGCCAGAGCCAGGAACACAGACACGGAGCCAGGAGCACAGCCAGGAACACCAGAGAAGCCACAGACACAGAGCCAGGACACACCAGACACAGAUACAUUUUGCCAUAAGAUCUUUGAGACAAAAUAUAUAACUUAA